GGCUACAAAUAUGGAGGGGCUGGUUCAGCACAGAGUGGGGACCCAGCAGGUGGCUGAGGUACCACGUACACAGAUCUCUCGGCCGGAAUCUCCAGGGAUGACCAGCCCCUCCCCACGUAUCCAGAUAAUCUCCACCGACUCUGCGGUAGCCUCACCUCAGCGCAUUCAGAUUGUAACAGACCAGCAGACAGGACAGAAGAUCCAGAUAGUCACCGCAGUGGACGCGUCCGGAUCCCCCAAGCAGCAGUUCAUCUUGACCAGCCCAGAUGGAGCUGGAACUGGGAAGGUGAUCCUGGCUUCCCCAGAGACAUCCAGUGCCAAGCAGCUCAUAUUCACCACCUCAGACAACCUUGUCCCUGGCAGGAUCCAGAUCGUCACGGACUCUGCUUCUGUGGAGCGUUUGUUGGGGAAGACCGAUGUCCAGCGGCCCCAGGUGAUAGAGUACUGUGUGGUCUGUGGUGACAAAGCCUCUGGCCGUCACUAUGGGGCUGUCAGUUGUGAAGGUUGCAAAGGUUUCUUCAAAAGGAGCGUAAGGAAAAAUUUGACCUACAGCUGCCGGAGCAACCAAGACUGCAUUAUCAAUAAGCACCACCGGAACCGCUGUCAGUUUUGCCGGCUGAAAAAAUGCUUAGAGAUGGGCAUGAAAAUGGAAUCUGUACAGAGUGAACGGAAGCCCUUUGAUGUGCAACGGGAGAAACCAAGCAAUUGUGCUGCUUCAACUGAGAAAAUCUAUAUCCGGAAAGACCUGAGAAGUCCUCUGAUAGCCACUCCCACAUUUGUGGCAGAUAAAGAUGGAACAAGACAAACAGGUCUUCUUGAUCCAGGGAUGCUUGUGAACAUCCAGCAGCCUUUGAUACGUGAGGAUGGUACAGUUCUCCUGGCCACAGAUUCCAAGGCUGAAACAAGCCAGGGAGCGCUGGGCACACUGGCAAAUGUAGUAACCUCCCUUGCCAAUUUAAGUGAAUCCCUUAAUAAUGGCGACACUUCGGAAAUGCAGUCAGAGGACCAGUCUGCAAGUGAGAUUACUCGGGCAUUUGAUACCUUAGCUAAAGCACUUAAUACCACAGACAGCUCCUCGCCUCCAAGCCUGGCAGACGGGAUAGACACCAGUGGAGGAGGAAGCAUCCAUGUCAUCAGCAGAGACCAGUCCACACCUAUCAUCGAGGUUGAAGGCCCUCUCCUUUCAGACACUCACGUCACAUUUAAGCUGACAAUGCCCAGUCCGAUGCCAGAGUACCUCAACGUGCACUAUAUCUGCGAGUCCGCAUCCCGCCUGCUUUUCCUGUCCAUGCACUGGGCCAGGUCAAUUCCAGCCUUUCAGGCACUUGGGCAGGACUGCAACACCAGCCUGGUGCGGGCCUGCUGGAACGAACUCUUCACCCUUGGCUUGGCCCAGUGUGCCCAGGUCAUGAGUCUCUCUACUAUCCUGGCGGCCAUUGUCAACCACCUGCAGAACAGCAUCCAGGAAGAUAAACUUUCUGGUGACCGGAUAAAGCAAGUCAUGGAACACAUCUGGAAGCUGCAGGAGUUCUGUAACAGUAUGGCGAAGCUGGAUAUAGACGGCUAUGAGUAUGCAUACCUUAAAGCUAUAGUUCUCUUUAGCCCCGAUCAUCCAGGUUUGACCAGCACAAGCCAGAUUGAAAAAUUCCAAGAAAAGGCACAGAUGGAGUUGCAAGACUAUGUUCAGAAAACCUACUCAGAAGACACCUACCGAUUGGCCCGGAUUCUCGUCCGCCUGCCUGCACUCAGGCUGAUGAGCUCCAACAUAACAGAAGAACUUUUUUUUACUGGUCUCAUUGGCAACGUUUCAAUAGACAGCAUAAUCCCUUACAUUCUCAAGAUGGAGACAGCAGAGUACAAUGGCCAGAUCACUGGAGCCAGUCUAUAGUGCAUACCACACACCUACUGAGGAGCAAAAGGAUCCUCCCAGGACAGCUCAGAGACAAAGAAAAUGAAGUAGUGGUAUUUUGGUAUGUGCAAAUAUUUCCAGUAUGUUAGCCAUUUCCUACCUGGUUUCUUCUUAUCUGUUAAUCCCAGACAAUAGCAACUAAAAGACUAGUAGGAUCCUU